AUGGAGCGCGAGCUGCAAGGAGAGAGUCAGCAGCAGCAGUUUGGGGGUUUGGUCGCAGCAGCAGGGCCCCCCACCACCACCACCACAGCAGCAGCAGCAGCAGCAGCAGCAGCACCUCGAGCAGCAGGGGCCGCUGCAGCGCGGCGGAGAGGACGCAGGGGUGGGGCAGCGCAGCAAAGGCGUCUUCAAUUUGCUCCAGCCGCAGCCGCUCGCCUGCUGCGUGCUGGUCGACGGCCAGCAGCAGCUGCCCGUCGAGCAGCCCCAGCAGGAAGUUGUGCUGCACCUGCGGCGCUGCUGCAUGGGCUUUCCGCACAUUUGGCAGCAGCAGCAGCAGCUGCUGCUGCUGCAGCAGCUGCAGGAGCAGCAGCAGCAGCCCCUGGAGGCUGGUUCAGCAGCAGCAGCCAGUGUAGGCUGGCUCAGCAGCAGCAGCCAGCGCCGUGGACUGCGUGGGAGAGAAGAAACAGGAUCUGCAGCAGCGCGGGAGUUGCUUGCGAAGUAGCGAAAGGCGCAGCAGCACAGCCGCAGCAGCACAGCCGCAGCAGGGGGCUCUGCUGCUGCUUUCAGCAGCAGCACAGCCGCAGCAGGGGGCUCUGCUGCUGCAUUUCAAAGGCAAAUGGACUCACUCCGGCCCAGUCGGAGCAGCGAAACAAAGCUGGAAGAAGUAAAGAGAAGAAGCAGCUGCUGCAGACUGCAGCGGAGGCGGAAACGGCGGACUGCACUCACGCCAGGGCUCGUCGUCGAUGCAUUCCGCGGCUUCUUCGGGGAGCUCCACAGCCACCACAAAUUCCUAAAAGUUAA